AUGAGUAACAACUCUAGCCAGCUCAGAAUAGAGUUCAACAACGUUUCAUACCAUUUGUACUUCCAGGGCAAUGGGGAGGAUUAUAAAGCAAAUUUUAAUGAAUUCUCCUCUUGCAGCGUUGAUGAAUUCGCAAAUUUAUUUUUCAGCGUUGCGCCUCAUGCCGACUUUAAUGACAUUUUUGCCCUUCGAGUUGUCUACAUUCCCGUUACCAUCUGCGCCUACAUUGGACCUGCAUUGAUUGUCGGCCUCUGGUUCGGCAUGGCUCGUCGGUUUAAAUCGGGUCUGGGGUUAUGCAUUGGACCAGACUUGCUGGGUUACCGAUGGCCCCUUCUAGCUCCUAUCACGGCUGUAGUGCUCUUUAACCUUCUUGUUCUUAUUACCAUUGGUUUCGUUGUUCUUCGUAACUAUUUGGCCAUUCGAAGGAGUCGUGUCAAUAAAUCAACACACCUUUUGGUUCUUGCUCAACUAAUGCUCACCCUUGGAAUACCCUACAUGCUCAUCUACGUUCAAAUAAUCAGUCCCGUCUUUAUGCUGCUAAUUCUGCCAAUAGGAAUCGCGCUGACAGCGGUCUUCAUGUUCCUAUUGGUCGCCGUCAUCGACGAUGAAAACAGACAACUUUUGGGUAUCUUCUUGACAACCAUGUGCGCCUCAGGCCACCACAUUAAUAAGUACCCAGGCAACGACUCAAACGGACGAGUAAACAUUGCAGAUGCUAUGAAAUCGACGACACUCUCAUCUCCAGACGCCCUUGUAGUAACUGAUGGUGGCCAUCCCAAUCACAUGACCACCACGUCCAGCGCCAAUAACAGCACCAAUCACGAAUAUUUUGCUCGCUCCAGGAACCGUUUUGCAAUGGAAGGCGAUCUAACCGCAGGCAUUCUUCGACAGCCAGUCAGUGAUGACGGUUCAGGUGUAGCGGACGAAUUCAAAUCUGCCGCCGUUUUGGUACCUCUGGAAGUCACUCAACUGCCCACUCAGUACUACUAUAAUCCACAAUCGCCCCACCAUAACGCUCCUGUAAUACGCUUUGAGUCACUACACGACCUGGUAAUGGCCCCUACCUCAGAAUUCAAUGAUGUUGGACGUAUCAUUCAAACACCGAUGCCGGAGGUGGCUUAUUCGGAUGGUAUGGAAACCCAACACUUCUAUCCAAAGUCACGAAAACAAUUUGUUAAUAAAAUUGCUACUUCGCCGAAGCUUGUCAAUUCGUAUCAUAUGGACGGCAAGAGCGGCGGAUUUUAA